UAUAUAGGUAGUGUGUGAGACCUAGUGACAUAUUCACUAUAUAUUAUUAUACUCUUUGCCUAGUGAUCACAGAGUACAUUUUAUUAAACUAGUGUAUCUGUGGUCUGGUGUCCUCGUUAGAGUAAAUAUUAUAUUUCUUGCCUGUGGGUUGUGGUAAAAUAUCAAGAUUGAAAAUGGAAAAGAAUGGUAAUCCGCCACCUUAUGCUUGGAACAAUGGAUACAUGCAACCUCCUACUGCAGCACCUCCUAGCUAUUCCCAAGCCGUCGGGGGCGUAGGCCCUUCAAGCCCAUAUACACCACAAUAUCCACCAACUGCUGGCCCUCAAAUAGUGACAACUGUAGUGCCAUUAGGACCACAUGCUACUCACAUGAUAUGCCCAAGUUGUCAUGGGGAGAUUGACUCAGCCACAAAGAAAAAGCCAGGUGUCAUUGCUUAUAUAGCUGGAUCGCUUAUAUGUCUACUGGGAUUUUUCUGUGGCUGCUGUUUAAUACCAUGCUGUAUAGACAGUUGUAUGGAUGUGCACCAUAAAUGCCCUAACUGUGGAGCAUAUCUGGGACGCUACAGACGAUAAACAAAUGGAAAAAUGUGAACAAAACCUCCCUAACUUCUUUACUGCCUUUCAGACUGACCAGAUUAUUUUAUACAAAACUCCCAAAGUCUACAACAGUUCAAAACUUUGAUAUUUCCAUUUUUUCUUUUAUAAAAUUUAACAAAAAUUCAAAUUUAGAUAAGGUUACUUUUAAAACCACUGAGUGUGCCUGUACAACAUAAUAAUAUAUAAGUAACUACAGAAAACUUUUCAAGCUAUCUUACAGUGAUGAUAUGAGUUGUUAACAUUAGAAUUUAUUUUUAAGUAUAAUAAGUACCCGAAGUUAACUUUAAAAUAAAUAAUAUCAAGGAAACUUUAAUGAAUGUAAAAAUACUAAAUGGCACGAAACGCGCCCAGUACUGUAUUAAAUAUUUUAAAAUAAAAUAAUUAGUUCAUCAGUAUAUUAUAAACUGACAAUGGAUAGAAUGUUCAACCUGUAAGCUUGCUAAAUAUUGAGUAUCCAGUCAAAGUACUAUCUGUUUCAUCUCUAAUUUAUAAGAAAUUUAACAUAAGUUAAGUAUGAAGAUAAACACACUUUGCAACAGUAAUAGUAAAUUGAAGGUAAUCUCAUUUCUCUUAGUUUACAAGCAAUUUUUUUUUUGGUUUUAAAGAACUGACCAUUUAUUUGAUUCUCCUUUGUAAUACAAUUGAAAAUGAUUAAAUUUUUCUUGAUCAUUGAUGGUUUAGCCAGGAUUUCCUUCCUGAGUCAAAUUAUUUAUAGAUAUUAUUUUAAUCUAAAACAAAAACAAUGGUGUGUGCUUUUUUCUCACUACCUAAAAUAAUAUGCUUUUAUUAUCUUUUAACUUAAAUAGUCAUAUUCCGUUGUAAAGAUCUGUUUUAUUCUUAGUUGCUAAUUAUAAUCGAAACAUGGCUUUUAUCUGUAAGUAUUUUAAAUGAGAUAUUGGCUUACUAAUAUAGUUAUGUUAUGUAUAAAUGUUGAACUUAUUUGAUGCAGCUAAUCUAGUUUUACUAUAUUCUAUGUAGUAUCUACUAGACCUGCCUGUGUCUAUAACAAAGCUAAUAUGGUAAUCUUGCUUUCUAAUUUCAAAUAGAGAUUGUAUUUAUUUUUGAAUGUCACAUAUAACAAUUAUUGUUGGUUUUUUAAUCCAACAACUGAAGUUAUAUAAAACAAUUAAAACCUUUUUAAUGUUAAGCAGUAAUAUUUCUUAUCAUUAUAAUGUUAUAUGUGGGUAGAUUAAACUUCUUUAAAUACUAACGUAAUAUAUGAUAAUAUGUAACAUCACAUAUCAAAUUUUAUCAUCACAAAGAACUUUAUUUUCAGAUAUUAUUAUGUAAUACGUUUUUGCGUAUGGAAAUGAUUGUGUUUAGUAAAAAUUAAAAUGUCCCAAUGAGUGUGGUGCUGCUUAGGAUGUUAGGUUUUCAAGAUACCUGAGCGACACUGCAUUGCAAUGGCCAAGGCGUAUAGAAAUCUAGAUAUGAAGGUGAUAAUCCACGUUUUCAAUGCUACGGGUUUUGAGAUAUUUGUGUAGGUGAGUGUACAUUAACAAAAUAUGAUGUAAAAUGGUUAAUUCAAAGUCAAAUAAACUUUAUAGUUGAUUCUUGUUUGAGCUCGUGGGAAGGACAUACAAGAAACACCUCUUAAUUAUUGCGAUAGUUUUUUAAUGCGGCAACACAAAUGAAUAUUGAAUAGAGACAAGGGAAAUACAAAUGUCUUAAAUAUUAAUCGUAUUUUUGGAUAUCUUUAAAAAGCAACUUAAAACGUCAUUAAGAACGAAGGUAUCAUUAAUCUAUAAAGUCACCAAUAUUAUAAUUUACGAAUUAUAUAUUAUGUAAUUUUAAACUAUUUUUUAAACUAAUUUUUAACUAAGCGAAUAUUUGAAUUUCUUUACUUAAAAAUGUAACUGACAGACUUAUUUGCUUUCAAUUUAAUGAUUUCUCCUGAUAUAUAUUUAAAAAAAAUGCCGAAGAUUUACAAUGACAGUAGUUAUAUUUUAAUACCUACAGUUACUCUUAAAUUGUUUCUAUAAAUUAACCAGCUAAUGCCCGCGACCCCCUGCCCCUUCGCCCGCGUAGAUAAAGGGUUUUUAAGAAUAAUAAUCAAGUUCGGAGUUGGAGAUUAUGUCAUGUCUUACUCCGGUUCCCGUUUUCGCUUCCGUUCCCAAAAUAUUAUAUAAAACUUAUUUCGAGGAAGAUUGCUAUGGCAAACUAAACUUACUAUUAGUAUAGCUAAUCCGCUAAUCUAAAUCCCGGAAACCCACGGUUUUUUCCCUUUUUUUUGAUAAAAUGUAGCUUAUGUCCUUUCCUAAGCUCUAGUCCAUCGCUGUACCAAAUAUUACAAUCGGUUCAGUAUCUCCGGAGUAAAAGCGUAACAAACAAAUUUACAUUUAUAAUAUUAGUAGGGAUUAAUUAAACUACUUAUUAUGGCGUUUAUUGUCAAAAGAAAAUGUUAAUCUACAUAUAAUUGAUACAUUUACAAAUGCAUUGAAUAUAAGAUGAGCACUUUUCUAUUUUAGAUAUUGAAAAAAAAAAAUAUAUUUUUUAAUAAAAAAAUAUAUUUUAUCAUUUCGAUGAAAUCUUAUUCAAUCAUCAAUUUCAUUUUUUCUUUAUAUUACGAUAAAAAUAUUAUGCGUACAUUUUAAUUUUAUUUCAAAGUGCCAUUGUAUGGAACCAAAAAGUUUAAGCUGACAAUAAUUAUCGAAUUACGACUUUUAAUAUUAAUAAUGAGUACUGAAUAGCUAUCAAUCUUAUUAUUUAAGAUUAGUUUCAAUGAGCCUUAUUACAGUAAAAUAUGUACCGAAGUGCCAAAAUUAGAAAAAAAUGGAUAAGAUACUAAAAUUAAUAAAUACAAUGUGAUAAAGAAACAGUCUCGAUCUGAUUAUUAAUAAUGAGUUAAAUGUUAAUAAUAUAUUAUAAGAUGACCUUAAUUUUAACAUUAGUAAUAAUAAUGCCUAAUUUAAUUAGUACCGCUUAUAUUAUGUGAUCUUAUUAAUUUCUUUCUGUGUAUACUGAGUAUUUGUUGACAUUUUAAUUUUAUUAAACAAUGUAUUUGCUAAA